AGUGAUUUCCUUGUAACUAUGGAAAUAUUAAUGUUCGCCUAGAAGCGCUGUUAGCUGUGCUAGAGUGCUAGUGCUAAAGUAGUUUGCUAGGGAAUGAGCAGUAAGGAUGGCGGCGCUAGUUGUCGCAUAGGAUGCAGUGGAAAUCUGCUUAUCGACAGCAGGUCGCUACAGUUAUCCUCUUUUUUAAAUAAUUAUUUAGCUUUUUAUAUAUUAUUCGUUAAAUUCUUCAUGCAGUUGUAAGUUUGUUUAAAAUUUGGAUAUUGCAUUGUAAUCUUUUCCAGAAAUUAAUUAUAUUAAUUGUAUGUUAUUUAUUUAAUUUUGAAAUAUGAAUUUGUCUCAUUAAAUAUAUAUAUAAUAUAUUGUAAUAAUUAUUAUUGUUUAGUGAUGUGUAGUAACACACAAUUGGUUAUCUAUUUGCAUACAUCAUUUUUGUAUGUAUCCUACGUACUUAUUAUAUUUAAUUAGAAUAUAUGCAUGCUAAGAAAUGAAAAGAAAUGAUGUUCUACUUUGGAUUUACAAUUUAAAAAAAUUACAAUUUUAAUGAACUCAAUGUUUCAUUAAUAAUGUGUUAAGUGAAGAAACAGUUAAUUGUUUAUGUAUAUUAAUUUUUACAAUGGCAAGCACCAAUGAAUUUGGCCCGGAUUCUGGUGGUAGAAUCAAGGGUGUUACUAUAGUUAAACCUAUAGUUUAUGGAAAUAUUUCUCGUUACUUUGGCAAAAAAAGAGAAGAAGAUGGUCAUACACAUCAAUGGACUGUUUACGUUAAACCAUAUCAUAAUGAAGAUAUGUCAACGUAUGUUAAAAAAAUACAUUUUAAGUUACACGAAAGUUAUAAUAAUCCUAAUCGCAUUGUGAUUAAACCCCCAUACGAAUUGACUGAAACAGGUUGGGGUGAAUUUGAAAUUGUCAUUAAAAUAUAUUUUCAUGAUCCCAAUGAACGACCUGUGACUAUAUAUCAUAUCUUAAAAUUAUUUCAAUCGACUCCGGAGAUACAACUCGGAAAGAAAAGUUUAGUAUCUGAAUUUUAUGAGGAAAUUGUUUUCCAAGAUCCUACAGCGUUAAUGCAACAUUUAUUGAGUACCACUAGACCUAUUUCCGCUGGAAAUUGGCGACACAAUUCAGAUUUUGAAGCUAAAAAAGAGUCAACAAUGAAGGCGUUGGUAGAUGCACGUACAAAGAUUAGAUUGCAAGUGAUAGAACUGAAAGAAAAAUUGACAUUGGCUAAAGAAACUAUAUCCAAUUUUAAAGAAGAAAUUGCCAAAAUUUCCAAAGCCGGUGGAACUUUAUCUGUAACUUAAUAUUUGUAUAUAUUAACAUUUUUUAAUUAGAUGUUAUAUACGUAUGUAAGCAAAUAAAUUAAACUAAAAAAUUUUGUAACAAA